AUUUUAACAACCAGCAGCACAGGAUUGGACCCUCACAGGGAUGCUACUCCAGCACAGACACCACUAGACGGUCCAAACAGCGGCUGCCAAUAUGUUUAGGCGAGGUUAUGGUGGGGUGGAGUUACUGUUGGUGCUGUGUGGCCUGGAUCUCUCUCUGCCCUGCCCUCGCCACUGCAUCUGCUACACCUCACCGAGCACCGUCUCCUGCCAGGCCCACAACUUCCAUGCCGUGCCUGAGGGCAUCCCUGCCCAGAGCGAGCGCGUCUUCCUGCAGAACAACAAGAUCCAGCGGCUGCUUCGCGGCCACUUCUCGCCCACCACCACCAUGUUGUGGCUUUACUCCAACAACAUCUCCUAUAUACAACCCUCCACCUUCCAUGGCUUUGACCGCCUGGAGGAGCUCGAUCUUGGGGACAACCGGCACCUGCAGGCUGUUGCUUCAGACACCUUCCUGGGCCUGGGGAGGCUCCACGCCCUGCACCUAUACCACUGUGGCCUCAUCACCCUGCCUGCAGGCAUCUUCGCGGGCCUCAAUAAUCUCCAGUAUCUCUACCUACAGGACAACCAGUUGGAGUUCCUGGAGGACGAUCUGUUCAUCGACCUUCUGAACCUGAGUCAUCUCUUCCUGCAUGGCAAUAAACUAUGGAGCCUUCGCCAGAACACUUUCCGUGGUCUGGGAGUCUUAGACCGCCUGCUUCUGCACCAGAACCGGAUCCAGUGGGUUGACCGCCAAGCUUUCCAUGACCUGCGGCGCCUCACCACCCUGUACCUGUUCAAUAACUCCCUUACUGAGCUAUCCGGAUCCAGCUUGACUCUUCUGCCGGCCCUGGAGUACCUACGACUGAACGACAACCCCUGGGAGUGCGACUGCAAGGCGCUGUCACUUUGGGAUUGGCUGCGUAGGUUCAGAGGCUCCACCUCAUCUCUGAUGUGCGUUUCACCACCAGAACUGGUGGAGAAGGACCUGAAAACGCUGAAAAAAGAGGAGCUGCCCAGUUGCCUGCCAGCAGAAGGUCAUGCACACGGUGCCCCAGGUGGGGAGAUGGAGCAUGGAGAGUCUUUGAACCACCUGAAUCGUCACAGAAACCAUCACACCCACCAUCAGCGGCCGUACUUGCCACACGGGGAUCAGUACAGCUUGCCUUCACCAUCGCCCCUGCCGCGGCCACCAAAGGGAGGCCGCAGAAACUGUACCCGUCGGGGCCGCAAGGCAAAAGGGGGGCUGAAUGAGGUGCAGGUACUGCGGGAGGGGGGUGAGAAAGACUAUACUCCAGAUGGAGGUAAAUAUGAUCUGUCUGGAACUGCAAGGAGGAAGAACAAGUGCAUCCCUAGAACUUCUGUCGGCCCACCAAGUGGAGUCCAGAGAGCCAAUAAUAACGCAGGGUCACACUUUGCAGAUUAUACCUUCUGUUUACUAACAGCUCUGCUGGUGUCACUCAUCUCCGUCAUCCUACGCUGA